UCAAUGUGACCCUUGAGAGCGGAGCUAAGAUUUCAGGAGGGAACCUGUCCGGCGAAUAUGACACCGUGCGAUUCCACUUCCACUGGGGCAACGGCUCCUCUGUCCCCGGCUCAGAGCACACGGUGGAUGGAAAGCGCUAUCCUAUGGAGUUGCAUAUUGUGAACACCAAGCUAAUGUACAAUCGGAGUGUAUCUGAAGCUGCUGAAUAUCCCACCGGAAUUGCUGCACUUGGUUUCUUUAUUGAGGUAAUGUCAGGCAACUCAACUGGUCAGCCGGAAAGCUGGCGCAAUUUGACCUCUUACUUGGCCAACAUCACAGAAAAAGGCAACAAAGUUUCGUUUAAUUCGACUGCAGCUGGGUUUUCCCUGAAAGACCUGCUUGGCAAUGUGUCUCUCUCUAAGUAUUACCGCUACCUUGGAUCUUUGACGACCCCCCCUUGUAAGGAGGCGGUGGUCUGGACCGUUUUUAAGGAACCAAUUAAAGUCAGCAAAGAUCUGAUUGACCUCUUCAGCACCACACUGCACUUCAACGACAGCACAUCACAACUCAUGACAAACGUCUACAGAAGUGUACAAAACCAAAGAGAUAGAACAGUCUGGACUCAGAGGAGCAACAGUUCUGCCUCCACAACCUGCUUCUCCCUGGGUCUGCUGCUCCUCAGCCUUACACUGGGCUCGAGUUGGAGCUAAAAUAGAAAGAGGACAUCAUCAGCAACUUUGCUGAUCAACCUGUUGCCUCACUUCAGCACAUGCAUUCUUUCCCCAUUUAAUUAAAACUGAGCUUCGCUGAUUUCUAAUGUAGCUCUUUAUGUUUGACAUAAUCAUAAAAAGUGUGAAAAGUAAUUUAUGAAGGUGAAGGCUUCCUCUGCUCCCAUAUUAUUUCUGCUAUUUCUUGAUUAUGGCUACCUGCUACAAAGAACUUGCCUGUUGUUACAUAUCAGUCUAGUUUACUUUAAGCAAUGACAUGCACAAGUUUUCAUUUUGCCUCCAUCAGUGCAGCUACUAAUGCAUUUAAAGUGCACUGGUAGCUAAAACCACAAAAUGGAAAAUGAAAACCUGAUGACUCAUUUAUGAAGUUCAUGUUAUGAAGGCUUUGUGUGUUACUUUCUUAGAUGAACAAAAUUAUUUAUCAGGGAUGCAUAUUCUUUAUGUCUUUAAUACUGUACUGUAUUGCAUGAAAUGAAGAAAACUGUGACCUUCCUGAUCUUAUUAAAUGACAAUUAAAAUUAUUUAUCACUC